AUGGCUGCUGAGAUCGGGCUGGAAUUCCGGAUUGAUAGCCUUGCUCAGGUUUUCUACAACAUUCGCAACUAUUAUUCUUUGACAGCUGUGGUACAGGGUAUCCAGGCAAGUAGCUUACAAACAAAGUGCCCAACAAAGUACGGCAAGCUUGUCGACCCCACCGGUGGCUACCAAGCUUAUCGUAAGAACACGGCCGAGAGCCCUUCGCUGCAUCUUCUGUUACCAGCAUUGUCUGCAUUGGCGCACAAUGGUUUGAGCUCUGCAGGAGGUGUGUCAGGGGAUAUUGUACUAUAA